AUGGCAUCCUCCAAGAAAGUGAUCCUGUCCGUGCUCAGCUGGGGGCAGUCGGAAGGGAUUGGAGCCAGGGUCCGAAGAAGCACUGGCAGACCCGAGUUAAAAGAUCUGGAUCCAUUUUUACUGUUUGAUGAAUUUAAAGGAGGUAGACCAGGUGGAUUUCCUGAUCACCCACAUCGAGGUUUUGAGACAGUGUCUUACCUCCUGGAGGGUGGCAGCAUGGCCCAUGAGGACUUCUGUGGACAUGUUGGUCAGAUGAACCCAGGAGACCUGCAGUGGAUGACCUUGGGCCUUGGCAUUCUGCAGGCCGAGAACCCUUGCGCCGAAGAGCAGGCCCAGGGCCUCCAGCUGUGGGUAAAUUUGCAAAGCUCAGAGAAGGUGAUGGAGCCUCAGUCCCAGGAGCUGAAGAGUAAAGAAAUCCCCAAACCCAGGCAGGAUGGUGUGACAGUUGCCGUCAUAUCUGGAGAAGCACUAGGAGUAAAAUCUAAGAUUUACACUCGCACACCAACCUUAUAUUUGGACUUCAAACAGGAUGCUGGAGCCAAGCACUGCCAGCCUAUUCCUAAAGGAUGGACAAGCUUCAUUUAUACCGUAUCUGGAGAUGUGUAUAUUGGACCUGAGGAUGCACAACAGAAAAUAGCACCUCAUCACACAGCAGUGCUGGGGGAAGGUGACAAUGUCCAGGUGGAGAACAAGGACCCUGAGAGAAGCCACUUUGUUCUAAUUGCUGGGGAGCCACUAAGAGAACCAGUUGUCCAACAUGGCCCAUUUGUGAUGAACACCAAUGAAGAGAUUUCUCAGGCCAUUCUUGAUUUCAGAAAUGCAAAAAAAUGGGUUUGA